AUGGGAAGGGUGUACAUCAUCACCAUUUUCGUCAAUUUGAUCGUCAGCAAAAGCAGAAGCUCGCCUUACGAUGUUCCAGACUCUGCUUUAAAUCGCAAGAAGCUAUCCUUUACCGCCAACAUCAUGUUGUAUAAUUUUACAAAACCUCCAGGAGUGAAUCUUACACCCCAGAUGUUGGACAAACAACUUCCACCGACACCUAAAGAGUUUAGCCACCACAUUGACAUCGAGGCCAACAAAUCAUCACUAUCACUGGCUCCACGAAUCGAAGUGCAAUAG